AUGGCGCCGGCAACGAGGAGGACAACAUAUCAUCAACGCGAAGCUCCCGCACCUAAACAGCAAAACCUCCCGGCCCGGCGCACGACUGUCCACCGCAAAGAUUCGCCUCCCACGCUGGCGAAGCGACAGUCCACGUUGACACAGAUCGACUAUGUCAGCACGCCACACAGCAGUAGACGCGAGCCGGUACCAGAUUCGAGCGAUGGGGAGAGCGAACAUGAAGACGCUCCAAGGCCGAAGAAGAGGAGGAAGACCAGUGGAGAUGAAAAGCCCAGGAAGCCACCAAAGCAGAAGAAGGUGAUUGCUAAGAAGACGAAAAGCCAGUCUACUCUUACUCAGAAAUGGGACUGGAGAACAUAUGGAGUAGCAGAGGAUAGUGAGGAGAGCGAGGCGGAAGCUCUGCUCGAGGAAGACGAUGGUCCUAUGGGAUUCAUCGAUGAUGAAGCAACAGUGCAAUCCGGCGGAAAAUCUUUGGACAACGAUGGCAGAUCUGUGCAGACACAGGGAGAUGAAGAAGCAGUGCAAAGCAUCGAAUCUCCUAACAGCUCUCCGCGCUCGCCCAAGAGGGUCAUUGCCGAAUCUCCGGUUGUUAGGAGGGAAAGCACCCGGCCUACUACAGUAGACUCGGAAUUCCACCCUCAAACACCCAAACGCUUUAUCAAGACACUCAUACCUUCUUCCGAAACACCUCCCGUCAUGGACACGUCAGCCGAGUCUACAAAACGAGUGCAACAUUGUCUAAGGUCACCUUUGAAAGAGAAGAGCGCCAAUGUCAGCCCCGUGAAGCAUCCUUUGCCGCUCAAAUCGAAAGUAAGCUUUGCAGAUGCCAACUCCAAGACUAGCGAGGACUCGAUUCCGAUUCAAGAUGAGAAGGCUCCUACUCAGCAGCCUGGACACUGGAGUGCCGCAAUUGCAUAUACGCCAAAGAAGGACCGAGGGCCUCGUAAAUAUGAUCGAGUAACGUCAAUUCAGGAGUCAGAGCCGGAUGACGAGGAAAUGGACCUGAACGACUUACCUCCUCUACCCAGCUUCAAACACAGAUUCUUCUUUGACAGGAAAACCCGGGUCGGCCACACAGACUUCGCAGACUUGCACAACGUUGACGAGAACGCUGAGAUUGAUGUUCCAAUGGCAGAACAAGGAGAAGGACUCAGUCCCUCUAUGGUGAGUGUCUCGAGACAACCCCCUAAGGGCUCAUGGAGACAGAGCGGCGUCGUUCAAGAUUCCGAGGAAGGCUCCUUACAGACUCCUAGCCCGUUUGAAUCAGGUAUCAGGUCUAACAUGCGCGCUACACAGAUUGUGGUGCAGGCACCUGAGGCAGCAGAGAAUCCCAUUGAAUGUCCGGAGGCGACCAAUAGCCCGAAAAUUGCGAGCAGUGACAUGGAUCUUUCUGCUCGGGCAUCCGAGAAGAGCUUGGAGCUUGGUGAGGAGUUCGAGCCGGAUGAGAAUGGGCUGAGCUCACCUAAUGCGGCGCCGAAGGCUUCUCCUACAUUCCCGAAAGGCCAGAAUUUUGCUUCCGAGUAUACCUCGGAAGAGAUUGACCCUGAGACGGUGGACCCUCAUGGAGAUGACCUAGAAAACGAUAACGACGGAUACUACAUGGCAGACGCAAACGCAGACGCAGACGAAGAGGACCCUGAUUACGAUUACAGAUACGUACAGAACACAUACGAUCCAGUCGCUGCGGCUUUGGAGCGUGACGCGGCGCGCUUCGGAAAGACAGAGACACAGUUAAAUGCCGAAGACUUCGUGGACAACUUUGAAGAAUCAUAUGACGAAGACAAUGAGACGCAACUGCAGGCUGAAGGAAAGGAGGUUCAGAAGGAGCUAGAAGGGAUCCUAUCAAGCCAACCGCGGGAGGCGGACCUACACAUGACCCUGGAGGCCGACAAAAGCUGCAAAGACAAUGGUGCGCGUCAGACACAGGCCGCCUAUACUGGCGAUCUCGAUGACUCCGGCUAUGGCUCCCAGGACAAAGUGCCAUCCAGUCAGCAAGAAGAGACAAACGGCCAAGAACCUGACCUCCCCUCGGACCCCAUCCACGUCGACCCCAGAUAUGACUCCCACAUGCCAAGCGACCCGGUGGACGACACUGGCUACGAAUCUCAACAGCCAGAACCCACCCCAUCCAAGUAUAAACCCGCCCAGCUACAGCAAUCGAUCCACCCUUCCCAAGUCAGCACAGUCUUGGACACACAGGCCGAAAGCAGCCGACCGAAUUCUUCUCCUGCCCACGACGACGAACCUCACCAGUCAGCCUCGGCUUGGCAAGAGACGUUGUCGAGCUCUCCUAUCCCCGCGCCGAGCUCCUCCAUGACGCAGAAGUCGCAUCGCUUCCAGAGGACGGAGACGCAGAGCAGUGGCGCUUUGCUGGAUUUCAGCUUGCCACCUCCACCGCCACUGUAUUCUUCGCAGAGUAACAAGGCCAAAGGUGGGGUGAGCCAGAGAGGAAGACGGGGCAGUGGAUUUGAGUAG